AACUUCGUGUCAAAAAAACAAACAAACAAACAAAAAACACUUUAUUUUUGGCCCUCAGCCUCCUGAGGGGUGAACAGAGGACAGGAUCACAUGGGGAAAUUGUCCCCAGCCUGAGAUGACGUCACGGUUCGUUAGGGACAUGAUAGCCAAGUGAGGGGAGGUCAUUCUGGGUGACUACCUCCACGCCACUCUAGUUUCCGACCCAGGAUGCCUGGUAUGGCGGCCCCUAGCCAGGAGUGACCUCUCCCUUCUCCCACUGUUGUCCACAGUCUGCUGUCGCCACCUCUCGGGACGCUUUCUGCCUGUCGUUAACGUUCCUGGUGUCUCUGACAGCCCGGUGCUCCCGGGCGUGGGGAUUGUGUCCCCUCUCCUCAUGCCCUGCACAUAGUGGUACAUGGGGUUGAAUGUUGAACGAGGAAGGAAGGAAGCCUUUCCUGAGGCCUUCUACAUGUCCCAUACGUGGUCCUCUCCCGUGUGUUACCCCAUUCACUCUGGACACUGUCCCCUGAGGCGGGCGGGCUGUGCCCACCUCAUAGAUAAGGAAGGUGAGGCUCAGAGCUGUGGAGCUCGUCCACCCUGCUGGCCAGAUGGGAGGUGCUGGAGCCUGGCUGAGUGUCACUUGGGCCUGAGCCCAAGUGGUGAGCUGCACCCCAUGGGAACCUGGCGUCUGACGUAGGGUAGGUGCCAUCUGUUUGCUCUGGGACUCCCGGACCUGAUGGAUUUCUCUGUGUAGCAAAGGGAAUUUAAGUUAAAGAAGAAAUUCCUACCUGUGAGCCAGAAUCUCCCGUUCUGCAGGGGGUGAUGGGAGGGACGGGACCCUGCAGCCAGGGCCGGGUGGAUGCAGAUGGAAGUCAGUGGCCGCAGUGGCCAUUUGUGGAGAGCAGACCUCAGGCUGAUUCCUCUGUAGGCUACUGGAAAAUCCUCAGGAAUCCCUGCAGAGAAGCCUUUCAUCCCGCAGUCAUUCAGAAAGCACUCGCUGCACCCCCGCUGUGUGUCAGGAGCUGUCCUAAGAGAAACCCCGCCCCCAGGGACUGAGCUUCUGGUGGGGUGAGAGUAUGGGGAGCAGGGACCCAAUAAGUAAGUGAGUGAGGUCAUUUCAGGUUGUGCUGGGAACCACACUCCAGGGAGAUGGGAUGGAGGAUGCCUGGCAGCAAAGGAUCGGGAGGGACUUCAGAUGGGCAGUCAGGGGAGGCUUCUUGGAGGAGGUGUCAUUUAAGCACCUUCAACUUCAAUGAGAGAAGGAGCCACCCAGACCUAGAUCCUCAGGGACACAUUAUGAUAGGUGAUGUCAAGGAGGCUCAAAAUGGUUGACCCCACCCAGCCCCCACGCUGUGGCAGCCUUGCCCUUUCCUGCUGGUGUUGUGUUUGAGGGCCACAGGGCAUGGCCUCUCCUGCAGUCUGGUGUGUUCCUGGACGGGGAAGGGAAGUGAACCUGUCUUCAGUAACCCAUGACAUUCUCUGCCUCUAGAGACCCAGACCCAGGCCAUGGUAGCCUUCCAUGGCGGGGACAGUGGAGUCAGCAUGGACCUGGCAGCCCUGGUGGCUUGGCCACUAUAUGGCCCACUGCAGCUGGUGGCCAAUGCCAGCCAUGCAGUGCCUGCUCUCCAGAGGCUGGGCCUGCCCUUCAGCAACCAGCUCGUGUUCCGAGGACUCUGGGAGGCAGAAGAGAUGAGCUCCUCGCUGCAGCUGACCUGUGAUUCUCAGGCCACCUUGGUCCUUGACGUCCGUGGCCAGAACCAGGCAAUCAGCAAAGAGCUGCUGUUCUCAGGCCAGCAUCGCCUCCCCUCCCUCCUGGGUCGCUGCCCCAGCUCAGCCUCAGCCUCAGCUAAGCUACGCUACUCCAAGGGUGAAGUUCAGAGCAUGUUCGCCUUGGGUGUGGAGGAGCAUCAUUUUCACAUCAGCACCCAGCAGAUAGCUGCUAAGGCCAGUCUUACCAACUUCAUCAAACUGGAACAGACCUUCCUGCAGCUCAGCGCCCUUCCCGGGGAGCUGGUCCUGCAGACCACAUACGAGCGAGCUCAUGGGACCCGUGUCCUGCGCCAGGUGGUGCUGUGGGAUGGCCAGGAGGUGGCCCUCGCCGGGAGCCUCUCUGGCCCUUUCCCCAAGCCCACCAGGAACCUCAGCAUGCAGGUGGAGCUCACCCACGCGCUGCCCCUCCCCCUGCCACGACACUGCAGCCUCCACCUGUCCUCAGAGCAUUCAGGAGGCAGCCACCGGGAUGGCCUGGUUGUCGGCUGGGAUGGCAGGGACCAGGUAGGUGUCAGGGCUGGAAGGUGA